AUACCACACUGCAUACAUCGCUUCUACGCCACCUACUGCAAAACUGUGCUGACAAGCUCAUGCAACACUCAGAGCACUCCCAUUCGAUCAUUAUUCUGGAGCUGAAUAACAGCGCUUUAAGAAGAAAUCUCUACACAAAGCCAAAGAAGAGAAAGGCGAGAAAGGCAUUCCUGAGAAUGGAACACCAAACAAACAGGCGUGAAACGGAGGACGACAAAAAAGGCAGCGACUCCGAAAGCACCGACCAAGGCAAGAAUUGUAAAAUGUCUCCAAUUACUCUCAAUGUUGGUGGAUAUUUGUAUGUUACGCAAAAGCAUACACUAUGCAAGUACCCAGACUCUUAUUUGGAAAGAGUUGUAAAUGGGAAAAUUCUAUGUCCGUCUGACGCAGAGGGCCAUUAUUUCAUAGACAGGGAUGGUCUGCUCUUUAGGCACGUUCUGAACUUCUUACGGAAUGGAGAACUGCUUCUACCAGAGGGAUUUAAAGAAAAUCAACUUCUGGCACAAGAGGCUGGAUUCUUUCAGCUCAAAAUAUUGGCUGAUGCCGUGAAAUCAAGGUGGGAGAAGGAGCAGCCUGCAUCCAGAGAGACUACCUUCCUAGAAAUAACUGACAGCCACGACCGUUCACAGGGCCUUCGGAUUUUUUGCAAUGCUCCUGAUUUCAUAUCAAAAAUAAAAUCUCGCAUUGUUUUGGUGUCCAAAAGCAGGCUGGAUGGCUUCCCAGAAGAGUUUUCAAUCUCUUCCAACAUUAUUCAGUUUAAAUACUUCAUAAAGUCAGAAAAUGGAACUCGGCUUGUUUUGAAGGAAGAUAAUACUUUCGUUUGUACCCUGGAAACUCUUAAAUUUGAAGCUAUCAUGAUGGCACUGAGGUGUGGAUUUAGGUUGCUGACCAGUCUGGAUUGUACCAAAGGGUCAAUUGUUCACAGUGAUGCACUUCAUUUUAUCAAGUAAUUACUUCUCUCAAUAGACAAAACAAAAGGUCAUAAGCAUGCAGCCUGUGAAUUUCAUUAAACUUCAAGACAUCGUAAAAUGAUUUCAUCAGCUCUGUAUAUCACAGAGAACCGCUGCUAAUGAAUAAAUAUGAGCUAAUGGUAUGUAAACUGUAACAUUCUUCUCUGAGUGCUUUGUGCCUAAAUUUAAUUUUUUUACAAGAUACUUAGUGAACAUGAUAAAAAAUAAGAGGAAAUACUGAAGCUAUUUGCAUCUAUUUUUCUUCUGUGUCUUACUUAAAAGGUUAAUAUGUUUUUGUGGCUAAAUGUACUCUGGUUUUCAGAUGGAAAUUAAGUUUGGGGUUGUAUUAGUUAAUUUAAAUGCAGAGCAUACAAAAUUCUACAACUCAGUGGAAUUAAUGAAGAUAAAUUGUGAUGUCUACUUGAUUUUAACCAUCAUUGCAGAUGAGUUUGCAUCCUUUACAACUGAGAGAAUCGUAUUUUCAGUCACAGAAGUGGAGGACUGGAAGAGACUAAAAAGCCAUCUAGCCCAUUAUUGUGACAAAAGGGUCUCGUCAAUAUCAACAUAUAUACUAUAUCAUAUGUGGCAUAUCUUAAUACAGGAGUAGGUGGGGCCCAGUAAGAAAAGAUAUAUACCACAUUUAUAUGUAACAGUUCCUUGUCUUUCAAAAAAUAUUUGAUCAGGGCAAAGCACUAAGAGCUAGACUUAAUGCAGCAUAAUCAAAACUUUAUCCAGGGAGAGGGCAUUUGUAGAGAUCAUAAUUAAGCCCAGUAGGCUAUGAAGCAGAAGCCAAGGUUCAAGAAGCCCUUCAAGAAGUCAAUAUUAUUUUUAAAAAACGAUUUCUGUUGCAAAGACAGCAUGGUUUACAAUACAAUUAAUGAUGUCUUGCUCUUCCAAUUGUUUCAUAUAACUGCUGGGACAAAACAGAAGUCUAAACAUGACAUUUUCAUUCUUUAAACAAGGGUUUUCUUUGAAGAAAAUCCUUUCACAGGGCAACUGGAGGUAGAGAGCUAUGGAGUGGGGAUCAGGGGAGAAUAGGGGAAAGUCUAGCCGGAAAAGUCCCUGAAGCUCCGUCCCACGCCUCUUCCUCCUCCUCCUCCUCCUCUUUAUCUCAGAAUCUCUUCUUAUCCUCAUUUGGCAGGUACAAUGUUCCAUGCAUUUAGUGAGGUGGAAUCCAGUCCAUGGAAGUUUAUGUCCUAAUAAAUUUUAAAGCCAUUAAGGUCCCACAAGACACUUGGUUAAUUUUUGUGCAACAGAUUAAAGUUGCUUAUCUUCUGGAAACUGUUCCAAAUAGAUCAUGAUUGCAAUACUUUGAUAUAAAACAGAUUCUGAAUAAGAACAAGCAGGCUUUGCAUUUUAAUUUUAAUUUUUUUUAUUUUAAUUCUUUGAACCAAAAGUGUAUAACAGGAUAUAGCACAUAGCAACAAUGAUGUCUAGAUAGUUUUCACAGGUGGUGAAACUAUAUUUAGGGUCUCAGUACUACAAAAAACAUUGGCUCCUAAAAUGGCCAUUGUUAAAUGGCCAUUCAAAGUGCUACAUAUGUGUAAUGUUGCAAUACUUAACAAUUCAGUAAGGUAUUAUUACUAUAUGCAGGAAAUUGUGUGCUGAGAAGGAGAAAAAAAAAACCUUCCUAAAAGUUAUUUUUUAAGUUUGUAACCAAAAAGAAAGACCCACAAAUUGGUUUCCAUUUGCUGGCCAAGUCUCUUAACCACUAUGCUAUGCCUGUUCUUAAAUUUGGUUUUCAUUUAAAGAUCAAUCUUACACGUUUCAGGCAUUAUCUGAUCACAGCUGCUGCCCCACCCCAAUAUUAAUACUAAUGCAUUUCACAUAUUUAUGAUGACAGUCCUAGAGAUUUGAAAAACAAUCAUUAAUAUUCCCCUUCUACAUGAAAUUAGGGUGUAUUGUUGCUCAUAUCUGAACAAGAAAAAGAGACCAGCAAUAAAACCACACACUUUUAGACUUAAUUGAGAAUAAUACAUUUGGACACAUGUAUGUGUGGUUUUCCUGUGCAGCAAAUUCCUAUAAAAAUACUGGAUUUUGUACAGCACGUAUACACAGAGAAAGUGCAUGUAGUUCUGCUGUGCAAGAAUCAGGCAUGCAUAUAAAUUCCAUUAAAUUAAUGUAAACAAACAAUACAGCACAAAUAAACCAUGUGUAGUUUUAUGGCUUGCAUUUUCUGAGCAAUACUUUGCCCAGAAUAAAAUGUUGCUCCCUCAUGAGUUUUGUACCAAAAAUAUGUAUUUUUGCAGAAAUUAGUUCUUCCUAAUCUAGUUCCAAAGUAUAAAUAGUGCUAGAAAACAGUGAAAAAUGACUUCUCCCAAAGUGGGAAGAAAAUUACUGAAAUUAUUUGUAUUUGCAGACAGAAAUGACAUAAGCAAAUAUUUAUAUCCCUAGAACGAGGCGUAUUAUAUGGUACCUGAAUAGGAUACUCAAAUAAAUGCAAUCCAUCCACUGGUACAUAAGGACACUAAUUCUGAGAAAUAAUAGUGAAUCCAAAAUGCAGCUGUCAUCUUUCUAAACCAACAAGUAGGAAUCACAAAGUGCAACUAUGGUGCAUAAUAAUACAGUAGAGUCUCACUUAUCCAAGCUAAAUGGGCAGGCAGAAGCUUGGAUAAGCGAAUAUCUUGGAUAAUAAGGAGGGAUUAAGGAAAAGCCUAUUAAACAUCAAAUUAGGUUAUGAUUUUACAAAUUAAGCACCAAAACAUCAUGUUAUACAAGAAAUUUGACAGAAAAAGUAGUUGAAUACGCAGUAAUGUUAUGUUGUAAUUACUGUAUUUAUGAAUUUAGCACCAAAAUAUCACGAUAUAUUAAAAACAUUGACCACAAAAAUGGCUUGGAUAAUCCAGAAACUUGGAUAAGCGAGGCUUGGAUAAGUGAGACUCUACUGUAAUUAAAAAGGAUACAGAUGGAAAAAGAUAGAACUGUCUCGGCUUUAUGAGUCAAUGUGUGCAUAUGUGUUAAGAUGUAUCUGGAUUAAGGCUGAUACAUGCUGAGCAUCCCCUUAUCUAAAAUGCUUGGAACCAGAAGUGUUUUGGAUUUUGGAAUAUUUGGACCCAAUCUAAAUCCAACGUUCAGUUUACGUUUCAUAUAUACACGAUACACCUUACAGCCUAAAGCUAUGGCAAUUUUAUACAGAGUAUUUUUGAAUAAUGUUGUGCAUAAACAACAACUUGGAUACACUGAGGCAUCAGAAAGCAAAGGUAUCACAAGCUCUGCUACCAAUGUGGACUACUUUUGGAUUCUGGAAUAUUCCAGAUUUCCAGAUAAGGGAUAUUAAUCCUGUAUAUGCAACAAAUGUAAUUUUCACUAGAGAGAACAGAAACAAUUGGGGGAAGUUGUCAAAGAUUGAGGAAUGAAACCUGCUCAUACAUAAUGCUGACCCUUUACAAAACAUGCUUUGGGAGCCAGUCUCAAGACAGGCAAAACUGCCUGCUUCUCACUCCUCUGAAAAUUGUCUUAUCUUCAAACAAUUGUUGGCAUUGGAUUUCUUGUUAUAGUAAAAGCCAACACGAGAAGGAGGAGGAUACUGAUGCUUAAGAAAGAAGAAAGUAUAUAUUCCCAAGACUGGGCACUGAACUGUGGCCAGCAGCAUUCACCAAAGGAAUCUGAUGUCAGGGGUUGAGCAUAGGGGCUAGGAGAGAUAAGUCUUAAGCAACAGUGAGACUGGAUGUGAUUUGCUUGAUAAAAGCUUUGUGCCUUUUUCCCAUUUCCCAUUUCCAAGGUGUAGGGCUUGCUUAUCAGGAUUCAUCCAAUGGUGCCUAUAGGGACAUACCUUUUCUUUGCCCUGCUUCUCAGUUAUAAAAGAAGUUUCUGAUAAUAUUGCUACACAGCAUGCCCAAAGGGAACUAUGAUUCAACAAAGAAAGAGGAAGGUCUAUGGUAGAAGGCAUAAAAAGCUGACUGGUGCUUGAAGCAUUCCUGACACAUAUGUCUCAACGGCACUGUUUCAUGUUUACUUACUCCUGAACUUAUUAGAUCUUGGCAUAUGGCUCAGUUUAAAUAGAAUGACAGGGGAAAAGGUCAACAUUCAGAAAAAGCCCAUAAAGCUAUACAACUACAAGGGAAAUACAACUGUGGAUGGAUUUGAAUUGCCAUUUCUUCCAUCCAAAUGCAGAUCACAAAAUAAAAGCACAUCCUGUCCACAGAUAUAUGUGACAUAUGAGUAUCUGUUCCACACUGUGCUUAUUUUCUAUAUAACAGGAUAAUUAUAGGAAUAAAACAAAACAUGUCGAGCAUUCAAACAUAAUGCCCAAGGGAAACAACGACAUGCACCUUUCCCAAUAACAUUCAGGCCAGUACUAAGAAAAGUCUCAAAUAAGAAACAAUACAUCUAGGUAAAACAAGGCCUCACUGGUUAUUGCUUUGAGGUAGCUGUAUAUGUGAAUGCCACAAACAGAGAAAGAAUCACCCUAUUUGACAUUUGACAUCUAAAUGGAUGUUCAUCAUGAUCAAUGAGCAGCUGUUAAUCAAAAGAAAACCUCUGAAAAUUGACACUUGUGUUUUUGCCUCAUCAACGUGCCAAAUAUGUUUGGAGGGAUAGUAUCUUAACUGCAGUCAUAGAAUCAUAGAAUCGUAGAGUUGGAAGAGACCUCACGGGCCAUCCAGUCCAACCCCCUGCAAGAAGCAGGAAAAUCUCAUUCAAAGCACCCCCGACAGAUGGCCAUCCAGCCUCUGCUUAAAAGCCUCCAAAGAAGGAGCCUCCACCACUGUCUGGGGGAGAGAGUUCCACUGCCGAACAGUUCUCAUAGUGAGGAAGUUCUUCCUGAUGUACAGGUGGAAUCUCCCUUCCUAUAGUUUGAAGCCAUUGUUCCGCAUCCUAGUCUGCAGGGCAGCAGAAAACAAGGUUGCUCCCUCCUCCCUAUGACUUCCCCUCACAUAUUUGUACAUGGCUAUCAUGUCUCCUCUCAGCCUUCUCUUCUGCAGGCUAAACAUACCCAACUCUUUAAGCUGCUCCUCAUAGGGCUUGUUCUCCAGUCUUUAAUAUUCCUUCAAUUGUUUCCCUUAAAUAUUUGAGAGCUAAGGCAAUAUAGCUAGAAGUCUUAACCUGGACUCAAAGCCAUACUCUGACAUUACUAAAGCAAGCCUUACACAACUCAAUAGGUCUUGUAUAUCCAUUUUCUCUCAGUGUUAAGAUUUUUCAAAGGGCCGUUUUGGUAAUAAAUUUGGAUGGUCUUGCUACACCUCAGCAAAACGUUACAAAUGCAACAAACAUGACAAAGAGCAGUAACCCAAGACAAAUCUUAGCACAAGAGUUCUCAAACAUUUGUUUGACUUUUUAAAAACUUGUUUUUAAACUGUUUGUACAGUAGAGUCUCACUAAUCCAAGCCUCGCUUAUCCAAGCCUCUGGAUAAUCCAAGCCAUUUUUGUAGUCAAUGUUUUCAAUAUAUCGUGAGAUUUUGGUGCUAAAUUCGUAAAUACAGUAAUUACAACGUAACAUUACUGCUUAUUGAACUACUUUUUCUGUCAAAUUUGUUGUAUAACAUGAAGUUUUGGUGCUUAAUUUGUAAAAUCAUAACCUAAUUUGAUGUUUAAUAGGCUUUUCCUUAAUCCCUCCUUAUUAUCCAAGUUAUUCGCUUAUCCAAGCUUCUGCCAGCCCGUUUAGCUUGGAUAAGUGAGACUCUACUGUAUUUUGCUAAUCACUUUGUUAGUAGUUGUACAAUUAUGUGCUAAAGUAACACCUUGAUUUUUCAGGAUUCUAUUAAUAUCUUUUAACACAGUACUUCUUGAACUUUUUCAUGUAAAGGAUCAAUACUAUAACAUCAAAACUGCCAGGGACCAGCACCACAUCUGUUCUAACUGGCAACAAUCUACAGUUUCUUUCCCAGAACUCUCCAUGGACCAGCAGUUGAUGGCUCACAGACCAAUAUCAAUUCAUGAUAUUCACCACUUUAAGUUGCACUGUCCUAACUAUAUAAUGUCCUAGUCUCAAUUAAGAGAAAAGCAGGGUAUCAACAACAAUACAAUAACAAUAACUUGUGCGUCCAAAUAAGAGAAGCCACCACCCUUUCUAUUUCAUGUGCAACUUGCCUUCUUUUCUGGCUAUUCAAUACCUGGGUUGGGCUAGAAAUAACAUGGAGUUACGAAUAUCCAGCUUUAGAUUUCUGAUUGUGAGGCUGACACUUGAACUACACGAAAACUGUAUAAAACUUUCCUGAUACUUAAGUUCCCUAAGGAAUUUGCAGUAAACAUACAUAACAAGAUCAGUGGGUGAGAUAUUUUCUUUUUAAUCCAACAUUCAAACCAGGUUACAUGACAGCCAGUAGCCUCAUUAAACACAAUAACUGCCCUAAUGAAUCAUACACUCUGCUCCCUAUGCUGUCAAAAAGUGACUGUGUCUGCAGAAAACACGGAGGAGAGUGUUGCUCACAACGUGUCACAUCAUCCAUUUUUUCUGAACAAGUUUGUACUUAACUAUCAGUUAUAAUGAUGGUGUGAUUAGGUUUUUAAGUGACUGCAUAGAAGUAAGAUGGCAAGCAAUGCCGUAAGCUUUGCUAUUCAGUUAUUCAAAUAGAGAAUAAGUAUCUUCAACCAGUUCGGAACUGGAAUAGCAGAUAGCCUUCCGUAUUUCAGGUUCGUGACAGAUGCCCAUGUAUGUUGCAUCAAUACUGCUCAAAGAGAAAACAGUUAAAUUAACUUUUUUCGGUUCAGGAGCAACCUGAGAAACUGCAAGCCGCUUCUAGUUGGAUGGCCAUCUGUCGGGGGUGCUUUGAAUGUGAUUUCCUGCUUCUCGGCAGGGGAUUGGACUGGAUGGCCCAUGAGGUCUCUUCCAACUCUAUUAUUCUAGGAUUCUAUGAUUCUGGUGUGAGAGAACUUGCCAUCUGCAAGGACGUUGCCCAGGCGACGCCCAGAUGUUUUGAUGUUUUUACCAUCCUUGUGGGAGGCUUCUCUCAUGUCCCCGCAUGGAACUGGAGCUGAUAGAGGGAGCUCAUCCGUGGUUUCCCCGCGUUGGAUUCGAACCUGGUAGCCUUCAGAUCAGCAACCCAACUUUCAAGUCACAAGGCUUUAACCCACUACGCCAUCGGGGGCUCCUAGUUAAAUUAACUGCCCUACCAAAACUGCAUCCUCCUUUCUCACAUUAUUUCGUUUCUCUGUCCUGAACCACACAAAACAAAACUGGCUAGAGACUACCAAAAUUCCUGCUCAUCCUGAUGCGAUAGAGAGAUGUAGACAGGAAGGACCGCAUUAAGACAUAUUGCCCCUUCAUUUUGAUUAAACCUGAACAACUUAGGAUAUUCAAAAUUGUAAGUCACCAAUGACCCUAUUUCUUGGACUUUCACCUACUUGAGUCUAUGUGAACACAGAUUAUUAAUUAUGAGGCAGUGUUUCAAUAUAUAGACAGUGGACUGCAUUUGUGUUCAUGUAGCAUCUUGGUAUUUUUUGACGUAGACUACAGGAUAUCAAAACACGUAAAUCAGGCCCACUUGACAAUCAAGGGAGUGGCUAAUUAUAGAAUAAUGCAAAAAUCAAGUGAUACUGUUGCAUUUCAGCCCUCCAAGCAGUAGUUUCAAGGAUAGUGAACAAGCAAGAGACUUCAGCACUCCUAGUUACCCUUUUUCUUAUUUUGAAAACAUGUCAGAAUAAUGAAUAAUGUAUUUGAUUAAUUUAAAUUAAAGAACACUUUAUUUACCUUCUGUUCAGAAACAGAAACCAUCCUUCUUACAAUUCCUUCUUACACUAUGUUUCCCUACUUCAAACAGGGUCCCCCUUAGCUCAACACUGGGUCACAAAAAUUUGGCAACAGUAAAAUGGGAGAACACCAUCCAAUGACACAAAUCUGUUAACAACAAUAUGCAGUGUUUAGAGUGUACUCUGCAGAAAUUACUUCAAUUGUACUACAUAAAAGGAAAAUUCAGCCUGUUCAGCAAGCCUGGCAAGUACUGGUUUAUUAUCAGUAAAUGUCUGUUUUUUAUAUCUAUUUUAUCUAUACCCAGGGCUGUGCAAAAAUGUCUUGGGCAGAAAGGGGUUGCUAGUGAAAAAAGUUUAAGAAGCCCUGCUUUAAACUAUGGUUUCCGAUUCUGAACAAAUUAUAAAUAAAUUGUGAUCACUAAAAAAGAAAUGCAUGUGAGAAAGCAGACUGAUCUGGGUGAUCACCAAACAGAGUCUCAUUAAAUUGUGCCAUAUAGUAAUGAGAGAAGGAAAGUGCAUGUUUGUAGCAAACAGGAUGGAAAGGGAGGGAACAAAUAUUCUCCCCUAAACCAAAGAGACAAGUAUUUCCUUUCAAAUAUGUGAUCAUCUACACUGACUUUAGAUCUCAGAACCCAACUGCUAUGGUUAGGCCUUUGGGGGAGGGAUUAUUAUUUGUUUGACAAACCUAUAGCCUGCAUGGAAAUUAAUACAUUAUAAGAUUCCACCACCAACUUGACUAAAUAAGUCGUGCUGCCUAAGUGGUCUGGGGUGGUAGCAGGGGAGGGAUGGGUUCCCUAAUCAAGAUGAAGAAAAAUAAUACUUCUAAUUAGUUGAAAUGUCUAACUUGUUAACAACCACAUGCAUGUCAGAAUAUGAGAGGCUUUUACAUUGCUAGCCAAAGGCAAGGGAAAAGCUUUUCUCAUGCAAUCAUAAUAUGUGUUUCAAUUCCUUCCUUCAUAUGACCACCAAGUUGUACAUGGGAGGGCAAGUUCUGAAAAUCCUAGGAAAGAAGGAAUGAUGAAUAAGAGAGGGUCUAAUUGGGAAUUGGUGUUGUACUCUAGAGCAGAAAGCACCUCUGUACUUAACCACCACACUUCAGUCCAAGGUAAAUCAGCAAGGUAGUUUAUUGACGAUUAUACAGUAUAUAAAAAGCAGUUUAGCAAAAAUAAUAAAAACAACAAAGUCUAAGUGUAUGGAGUAGUCCACAAGAUUCAAGGUACAAGAGUAGAUUCCAAAACACAGGAAUGCAAAAAUAUAAAUAAAUCAGGAUACACAAGGCAGCUUAAAAUCUAAUACAAAAAUCUAGGAACAAUCCUUCAAACUUGAAAGCAUGAAACAUGAACGAACGAACUAGAAUUCUCUUAGCAGGCUUAACUAAGACUUAGCAAGAGAUGUAGCCUCAAUAACCAAUGUUGACCAGACUGCUGGAAAAUCCCUCUGGCCUCACUAAUAUAGACAUGAAAUUGUGGUGUUUUCCCUGACUACUUGAUAAUGGCUUUUUCUCUAACAAGUGCUGUGACUUUCAAUGAUUUUGUUGCGCAGCCCAGAGUUUACUAAAACUACGUCUCCUAUCUAUCAGCUCAUUAAGCUCUCCACCUGGAAUCUCAUGUUCUGAACUCAUUCCAGCAUCUGACCUUGCUUCCCUAGAGAAGACUUCUCAGCAAUAUCUGGGCCCCCCCUCUGGAAUGUGGCUUUUGCUAGCUGCUGGAAACACAGAUUGAUGAGUUUCAGGACUUAAAAUCUCAUGCUGGCUCACAGGCCCAGCAGGCCCAAAAUCCCAUGAUCCAUUUCAUCAUUGAAAUUAUGAGCAGGCACAAUCAUGAGCUGAACUACAACAAUUGGAAAAAUAAAAAUGUGUCUAGACAAUCUAGUAUCUUCACUAACUAAAGCAAAAUGCAACUGCGAUCUAACUGGGCCGGGGGGGGGGGGGGGAGAUCACUCUAAACAAUAUUGUAUAGUACAUUUCUUGUAUCCAUACAUGUCUUGUCUGUGAUACAAGAUAGGUGCCAGUAUGGUAUGAUGGUUUGGAUGUUGGAUUAAAACACUGGAAAACUACAACUGGAAUCUCCAUGCAGCUAUGAAAACCCACUGGGUGGCCUGAGACUAGUCACAUACUUUAAGGAAGGAAAUGACAAUUUCUUUCCUAAUAAAUUUUGCCAAGAAAACCCUUUAAUAGAGUCACCAUAAGGCAUAGUCAAUUUGAAAGCACAGCAAAAAACAAAAAACAAAAAACAAAAAAAAACAAUAAGGCAUAGCCAUGCAGGAGAUAUGGUUUGGGACAGAACUGCUUAAAAUCACAUCUAUUACAAAUAUGCCACACCAUUUCAAAGGAUCUGGGAGGAAAAUAACAUUUGUCCCAAAUGCAAAUAUGAAUAGAUAAGCACUUUCAGUUAUCUUUAAAUUAAAGCCUGAUAGCAUAGACACCAUCUUUUCAAGUAGAUGAGAGCGCUUAUAAGAAAUCAGUAAUACUACACUUAGGUUCAACAAUUGAUUACUCAGGAAAAAUACUAUAUUAUAGUCUUCCAUCAAAGCUCAUUCAGUAUAACUAUUCCCCUGUAAGUCUUUGCUAUUGUUUAAAAGGGAAAAAAAUCCAAAUUCUCUCUAGAGGUGUUGCAUGCAACAGUAUCUGUUGCAUUUUAAAUAUUAUAUUAUAAUGUUGCAUAUUAUUCUCAAGUUUGUCAACUGUUCAGAGAAAAUACAUUGAUGAGCAAACAUAUCUUACAUACAAUAAAUUAAAUCUGCCUAGCACCUGAGACUUCCUCAUCCCAAACAACUGAGCUAUUGUGGCAAUGGGAAAUGACAGAACACUGUCAAAUCAUGUUGCUUUUUUGAGGAACCGAAACGACGAUUUGACUGGAAAAAUCUCAGACAGACCACUUGGGAAACAACUCCUCUGUGGUUUGUUACAGAAUCAAAGCAAGCUUAGAUACUGAAGGCUGGAAAGCUGAAUACAAAAACAGCCCAAGGGACAAACGAAUGAAAGAAAAUCUAAUACAGCAGGCGUGGUGAUGAAGGAAAAUAUGGUAAGAUGUGUAAAAGAAAAUAAUUAAAUUAUAAUUAAUUAAGGAGACUAAGAUAACCAGGAAACAAUUUUGGCUAAUAGAGAAUUGCCACCUGAAGCUUCCAAGGACAAAACAUUUAAUUGGAACAUCUGUCUGUCUCUCAUUUGCAGGACACACCUUGCUUAGGCCCCAAGUAGCAUUCUUCAGCAGGUGUGGUCUCUAGAUAUAUAGUAAGGGGGAAAGAAGAAGCAAAGAAAAAGUUGGGGCUGGAACCUUUGCAAGCUGAGGCCAUUUGUGUUCACUUUCAAUUUCUCAAAAAAAAACAAA